AUGCCACCAGACGCAAACCAAAAACCACUUUUAAAUAUAGUAUUGAUGACACUAAAAGGCAAGGCGGCCACAUUCAUCAACCGAGUAAAAGCGGAGACAUGGGCGGAAAUGCUCCAGAAAUUGAGGGGUCAAUUUAGUAAAAGGACAACCGUAGAGGAAAUCUCGCAGAAAAUAGAGACCCUGGAGCAAAGACACAAUGAAUCCUUUGAAAAUUACGCAGAUAAAGAACCACGAAUACAGGAUCAGGAAUGUAUCGACGAAUUACAAAUUCAACUGGGAAACAACGGCGACCAGGUAUCCUUCGCGGAGAGGACGCUCAAAAUACACUUUAUAGGGGGUUUAACAAGCCCAAAUCUGAAACAAUCCGCAAGGAACCAGAGGAUACCGUUUAAGGAUUUAAUACAGUUCCUGAAAGAGGAAUGUGCGGAGUGCGAGCGGUUGGAAAACAUAGAACAACGCUUGAAAUCAUGCCGACUAGGGCAGAGCCCGCGUAGAGAGGUCCGAGGCAACAGACCCGGGAAUUAUAACCACUUCGCGAUAUAUUCGGAGGCCGAAAGUGGCCAAACAAGAGGUUACAACAACCGAAAUCCGGGACCUCCCGCAACGCAAAGAAGAUUCGACAAUAGAAACGGUCCCGACAGGGACUUCAGAAACGGUUCAGAGCAAAACAGAUUCAGUAACAGAAACUCCAAUAACAACUUUGGGAGAUCGAGAAACUCGGGCAACGGUAAUCGUGAAUACUCACCUAGGCGUAGAGACGAAUACAACGAUAGGCCGCAAGGCGAAUAUAACAGAUACGCGAAUAGUAGGGAUCGUGAAUAUUCUCUUGAGCGUAGAAAUGAUUAUAACGACAGACAACAAAGCGGAUAUAAUAGAUACGCACGUAACGAGAAUCGCGAGUAUUCACCUGGACGGGGAAACGAUUACCACGACAGACGACAAGUUGGACACAAUAGAUACACGAACGACGAGAUCCGAGGAAAUACUAACAGGCACAACGACAGAAACGGGAGUAACCAAGACUAUGGCAGGACGCGGCAGAACGCGGUCCUCGGUGACCACGACAGAUUCCACCAGCCAUCGACGCAGACGCCGGGAAACAGAAACAACUUUAGAGAUCAGGACAGAAGCCCACAGCGGGGAUAUCAGGGUAGCGGACAGUAUGGCGAUUAUCGACAAAGAAAACAGCACUACGAUAACCGAAAAAACUGA